CUGGGUGUGUCACAUGCCCAAACAAACGUGCCAGUGUUUAGCAAAGUUCCGCUUUUGUCUACAACGUUUUUCUUUCACCACAAAUUUAUACAGAUUAUGAUCCGAUUUUUAAAUGCUAUGUUGUUGUUCCAGCUAUUUCCGAACACACAUCCCAUUUGUUAAACUCACUAUUUAACGUCGUCUUUCGGAUUAAUGGCGUUCAAUGUGUGGAUAUCAUUAAUUAACCUCACGUUGUGUUCCUCAGCUCUUUUCACCUCAUAUAAACUCUUUAAGGACCACAGAGCUCCCUCGGUUGGCUUCUUCUUGGUUGGCCUCUCUGCAGGUCUUGGUGUUUUACCUUCCUCGAGCAUACUCCUCACCUCGCUCCAGAAAGAUACAGAAUGGGCAGCAGAGAUUCUGGCUCCAGUGCUGCUUGCCUUCCACUACCUGUGGCUCAGUGAAGACCGCAGCACAGCAUGUAUUCUCCUUUGUGGCUCCUGCCUGCUGCUGGGAUUCCGUGACAGUUUCUCAGCAGAUACACUGGCAGUCCUGAGUCGCUGCAUCGGCCUGGCGUCCUUGUCCUGUUGCCUCAUGGUGUGUCUGUUUGCAGGAAACCCCGUAGGGGCCCUGACCAGUGUAACGCUCAGCCUGCCAGUACUUUUGGCGCCUACUUUUGGGUCGCACACUUUUUCCUCGCUUGUCUCGCCGGCCGCCAAUGAGGGAACUGUGAAGUGGUUUUUGAAAGGCUCCAUGUCUAUAGGCUGUUGGACCUCAACACAUUCCCUGGACAAGUUUCUCUUGGAUGUGACUGACCAAUAUCACUUAAACAUGUAGAACUUUGUUUAUGCACACACUUAUCUUGACAUUAUAUAUUCAAUAGUUCUAGUUUCAUGGUUUUAAAGGGGGAUAAAUGGUGCAUUGAUGUACACAACAAUACAGUGGAACCUGUCUGGGGUUCUGGUCAACUUCCUAUUUGUUCCAUUUAUCCUAAAGGAAAUAAUGGAAAAGGACAGCACAGCGGGACAGUUAGCACAUUGGCCACACAGUUCUGAGAAAUAGAAAUAAUCUAUUCCAGGGUCAAACUGUCAGCAUCACAUAUUAAUAUUAAUUGUACAGGCUGUUAAGUAUUAGUAUUUAUCAGUGUACACUGUACAGUACUUAUUUUUGAUUUACUUUAUACCCUGUUUUUAUCUAGAAUGUUUGUCAGUCAUUCACUUAAUGUUACAUGUGGCAUUUAUUACUUUUUAGGAUCAGUCACUGCUACUUUAUUGCCAUUGUUUGUUUUGUGAUUUAUUGUGCCUGAAAAUAUAUGUUUAGAAUUAAUAAAAUAUUGUGCAACUUCAUUUUGCAGUAUUUUAAUAAUGGUAUGAUAGCAAGUAAAUACAUACAGUAGCUGGUUGUUUGUGAACCAUUAGCUCAUCACUUUGGCACCGAGCAGUUGAAUCAUGCCUGCCAAGCAUCUGCUGCAGCAGACCGAGACUGCACUGAGCAUGCUCGCUGCAGCUGUGGCCUGUAAAUGGCCCAAGAGUGCAGAGGAGGAGGAGAAAGAGGAGGAGACAACGGUCAGAUGGGCUUCACAGCACUUGAGAUGCUGUUGCUGCCGCGAGAAAAGGAGCUGCAAGGGAAAGACGUGUCAUGAAUGGGAGUGUGAAAUUGGAAUACAAAUGACUGGAGGCGAUAUAUGCUAAGGAACUGUUGCACAUUGUGGAGAUGUAUGCCUUCUACUCCCUUUUAGUCUACAUCUUCUACACUGUCUUCAAGAAGGAGGAGGAGGAAGCCUUAGAGGGAUCAUGUGGAGCCUCCGCAGACGAGCCAAGACCUGUUUCCAUGGAAACAGGGAGAAGGAGGAAAGAUGGCCACACCCCCAAAAUGAGAAAGAAGGCUUGUGCUAGGCUCAGUGAUUCAAGCAGUAGCAGUGACAGUGAUGACAUGUCCAUGAGUGAUGAAGACGAGCAAGAUGGCAGUGAUAUCCCAGCAUGCACUCCUCUGGCUGCAUUUCUGUCUUUUAAGCAAGAGUCAGACAAGAGGAGGACAUCACAGGGCCAGCUGGAGACAACAGGAAAGUUGGGAGAGUCCCCCUUGAUGGCCGUCAUGUCCCACCUGCUGAGCUUCCUGGAGCAGUACUCCCACUUCCAGCAGCUGCAGCAUCAGGCCGAGCAGUACCGCGUCCAGCUCAAGAGGCACCGCGUGCAGCACCGUCGACAGAUGAAGGCGCUGCGAGCCUCCUACCGCCAACGCCUCAAGGACAAGAAGAGCAUCAUUUGUAACCUGGAGGAAGCCGUCAGCCAGCAGCUCAGCCAGCAGCUCAGCCCGCAGAGCGACGGCGAGAGUGGCAGUGAUGCAGGGGCUCAAGCGGGGGUUCACAGCCUGGUAGAGUCCCUAUACGGCCUGCAGGGGGAACGCAGCAAGCUGAGAGGAGAACUGCGUCUUCUGCGCUCACAGCUGGAGCAGAAGGACCGAGACCGACACUCACGUAUACUGGCCUUUCAGCUGCAGAUCGAUGAGCUUAAAAGUGGAAUUGAAGAACGCGAGGAGGAGCUGUGCAGACUCAAAACUGCCACUGGCGCCACAGACUCGGAAAAACGAGUGUUGUGUCUUUCGGCGGAGAACGAGACUCUCAAGCAGAGCCUGACAGUCACCCAAGGUCUCCUGCAGCAGCUGACCACCAUCCCCUCACAGUCCAGCACCAUGCUCAUCAAGGAAAACGAGAAUCUGCGGAGCCGGGUGCAGCAGCUGGAGGCUUCCCUGCAGCAGCGCGCCGAGCGGCUGUCGCAGCUGGAGCAGCAGAGCGAACGGAGCGAGUGGAGGAGAGGGGAGGAGCUGAGAAGACGAGAGGACAGAAUGAGGGAGCUUCAGCUGGAGUUGGACAGAGAGAGGGGCAAGGAGCCUGUGGUAAAGUAUGUCACCCAGACCGUUGAGGUAGAGUCCCCGGCCACCUUGAAGCAGCUCACCAAAGCCAGACAGCGGAACGAGCUGCUGUCCGAGAACAUGUCCAACCAGAAUGAGCGCUGCAAGCAGCUGGAGGAGCAAAUCCGGAAAUCGGAUGAAUACAGCUGCAAUCUACAACACAAGAUUGCAGCUUAUGAGCGGGAGAUCGGACAGCUGAGAGAGGAGCUGUUGAAGGAGAUCGGCCACUUGGAGGAGAGGAAGGAGGAGGCAGUGAAGGCCGCUGCAAACUGUUCAGCAGAACACUUUGAGGACCUGCAGCACCAGUUCUUCGGUUUACAGAAGCGCCUGACGGCCCUCCCCCCAACUCUGCGCUGCAUGAAAACAGACUACGCCAGCCUGAGGAGCCAAGUUCGGAACUUCUCGGAGUUUUACGGAGCGGCGAUAAAGGAGGCAAAGAAACAGGUUUCAGCAGCGAUCUCUGAGAUGUCAGAAGCCAACAAAGACCUUCUGGAGAAAUACAGAAAGGAGGUUGCACUGCGCAGGAAGUUGCAUGAGCAGCUGGUGGAACUAAAAGGCAACAUCCGUGUGCUGUGCCGUGUGAAGCCUGUGCUGAAAGAGGACCAGCACGAGGAGGGCCAAUCCGUGGUGGUGACCACGGACCCCGAUAACGACUCCUCUCUGAGUGUGCUGAGUAAAGGGAAGGGUCGCAUUUUUGAGCUGGACAAGGUCUUCCAUCGUCAGGCUACACAGGAAGAAGUCUUUCAGGAGAUCGAGCCUCUUGUGACCUCAUGCAUCGAUGGCUACCAUGUAUGCAUAUUUGCAUAUGGACAGACUGGCUCUGGGAAGACAUACACUAUGGAGGGCAGUAUGGAGAACCCUGGCAUCAACCAGAGGGCCCUGAAACAUCUCUUUAGUGAAAUUGAGGAGCGGAAGGACAUGUGGUCCUACACUGUCACUGUCAGCUCCGUGGAGAUCUACAAUGAGGUGCUAAGAGAUCUACUGAGUAAGGAUGGAGAGAAACUGGACAUCAAAAUCAACCCGGAUGGAACAGGACAGCUGCACGUGCCGGGACUCAGGGUCAUCGAGGUUAAGAGUUUCCAGCAUAUCAAGAAGAUUUUAGCCAUGGCCCGCAGGAACAGGAUCACAUUUGGCACUCAGAUGAACCAGCACAGCUCUCGCUCUCAUGCUCUGCUCUGCAUCACCGUUCAGGGCACAGACCUCGCCACUGGCUCCAAAACCACAGGCAAGUUGAACCUGGUUGACCUGGCGGGAUCGGAGAGGGUAUGGAAGUCUGGCGCAGAGGGCGAGAGGCUGAAGGAGGCCCAGAAUAUAAACCGCUCCCUUUUGGCCCUCGGGGACGUCAUUCAAGCCCUGAGAGCGCGACAGACUCACAUCCCAUUCAGGAACUCUCGCCUUACGUACUUGUUGCAGGACUCUCUGGGUAAAGGCAGCAAGACGGCCAUGGUGGUGCAGGUGUCUUCUCUGGAGAGCAACGUAGGUGAGACCCUCUGCUCGCUGAAGUUUGCCCAGAGGGUGUGCAAGGUGGAGCUCGGUCCUGCAGCCAGGAAGAUCGAAUCUGGAGGCAGGCAGUGCGACUGAACUAGUGACUUCCCGUAGCCGAGCAAACGCAUCGUUACACCUUACAAUAGCAACGAACAGCUAUCCUGCUCAAGGGCUAACUAAAUCUGUCGAGGUCAGACGUUAUCGAGACAGAAAGGUGAGCACCCUUUGCCGUCAUCGGGCACAUGCAGGAAUAUUUAUAUCUUCACUCACAGUGCCAAAGCAAUGUCUGCCUCCACCAUGUAUGAUUCUAUGCUUCCUUGAGCCACUUUUCUCUCACUCUCCUUUAGAACAAAUACAAAAUUCAGGAGGAUCUUCUCAUGGAUCAUCAGCAUUUGUUUACGACUCCCACAAACAUAUAAGACAUUAUCUUUUGAUGUUUUGACUAUAUUUUUUCAAUGUAGUAGAUUGUCAAACAUGUUACGUAAUGACACUUAAGUCACAUAUUGACAGUACUCUAGUUUAUGUGCUAUCUGAUGGGAGUGACUGAAUGCUUUGCUUCUCUUUAGAGCCGUAUCAUUUUGCCCUUUAAGAGGGGCAAUGGCAGUCAAGUGUGCCGGUUGCCUUGUAUUGUAGUGACUCGUGCAAUAUGCUUCUGAUCGAGGAGGUGGUUUGGGCCUAUGUGGACAGAAAAUGCACUUUAAGGUUCAAGAAUAGAAUGCUGUUGUUUCAGACCAGGGUGUUGGCAAUUGAUAUCACUAGUGAAUGUCAGACCCAAAAAUUAUUUUCUGUUUUCUCUUCAUUAUUGUUCUAGUUUAUCACC